AUGUAUUUUUCUACUCCGCAGCCUGGUAGGGGACAAGUACAAAAUACAAGCUGCCACCAUGCGCAUACCUCAGGCAAUACAAGAUAUGGUCCGCAGCCUCCGGGAUGGUUUCCAAGUGAAGAAGACAUGAUAGUACAUACAGAACCAGGCCCUUUCGUGCAGUGGAUCGAAGACUAUCCGCUACCAGAAGGAGGAUUGCCAAAAGGAAUAGAAAUGUACGAUGGAAAAGAAGAUCCAGAUAAUCACUUAAAACACUUCAGCGGAAUGAUCCGUAUGCAAAGGUGGAAUGUUCCAAUAGCAUGUCACAUGUUUGCUCUUACCCUAAAAGAUUUGGCACGUGUCUGGUUGGACGCCCAACCGGAGGGUAGCAUCACCAGUUUCAAAGAUCUGAAAGCUAAAUUUCGUUCUCACUUCAGUCAACAAAGAAAAUACAAGAAAAUGCACUUAGAGGCCCACAAUAUCAAAAGAAGAGAGAACGAAACAAUCCGACAGUUCAUAACUCGUUACACAGAUGAAACAGCGUUGAUGAAAGGCCUCAGCGAAAAUAAAAAAAUAUCAGAUUUCGUGCAUGGUCUACGUUUUCAACCCCUUGUAGAAUUCCUUUCUACGGACCUUCCGCAAGAAUAUACGGUGUUGAUGGAUAAGACCUACACAUUUUUGGUGGGCAAAGAAACAGUCGGAGGAGUCACAAGUCCCAGUUAUGGAAAAGAUUUGGACAGAAAUAGAAGAAAUCGAAACUUUCGCCACGAAAAGUUCCGAACAGCACCGUUUAAUAGGUCACACAACGAAGCCUCUGGAAGCCACUCAAACGCCCAACACCCAACAAAGAAUACCCGCGACAUACUGGCUACAGAAAAGGCUCCGGCGAGAAGUAACUUUCGAGGCAGAGAUAUGACUAAAUUUUGCGAGUUUCACAAUCGCUAUGGUCACGAGACAAACGAGUGUAAAGUCUUCAAACACAAAGUCGAAGAAGCCAUGAAAUCUGGAAAAUACUCGAUGUUGUUGAAAGGCAUUAAAGAGCCAGGACCAAGGCAGAAUAAUGGUAAAAAUCCAGUGAUUGAGGCUCCGGACACUAAGGUGGAACCUUUGGAAGAGAUAAUUGCCACAAUCCAUCCGAAACGUCCGGUAUUCAAAAGAGAAAGCAUCAAAAAUGAAACUUGGAAGAAAAUCCCCAUAAGUUUUCCCCCUAUAGAAGAUGAAGAAGCAUCAGAGGCACCGAUCAUAAUCGGAGCCAUUUUGGGCAAUCACCCAGUAAAAAGAAUUCAUAUGGAUACUGGAAGUGGAUGUGAAAUAAUGUAUGAGCACUGUUUUUUGAAGUUAAAGGCCACAUUAAGAAAAAAGACAAUAUAA